AUUAAUAAUAAAUAUAUUUUUGGAAAAUAAUCAAAGCACUUAUUUAAGACAGAAAAUGGUUCCAAUAGUUAAGAAAGUAAGCAGUUACUACAACUCCUAUGCGUUGGCCGUACUCACAAUUGGCUAUGUACUCGGCGAAUUGGGUCAUUAUCUCAUCGGUGUUACUUCCAAACAGACCGCCAUUGAAUUGGAUUAUGGCGAUAAGGCUUGUCAGCAGAAUAAUACCAUGUUCACACGUCACGAUCUACCACAGCAAUGUGCGGCAGUCAUGGAAGAAGAAAGUUGUGUUGCUUUAUCACUGAAUGACACCGCAUACUGCGAAUGGAACUACAAUGGUUUGGGUAUUGAUUAUCAAAUACUUGCUGGUCCCACCUUCAUAUUGGUCUUUACAAUUGCUGGUGUCUUUAUGGGUUUCGCCGCAGAUAAAUACAAUCGUGUCAAAAUGUUGACAGUUUGUACUUUAAUCUUUGCGGUCGCUAUAAUAUUGCAAGGCACUGUGAGUGCCUACUGGCAGCUGUUGCUGUUGCGUAUGGUCAUGGCAUUAGGUGAAUCGGGCUGCAAUCCGUUAGCCACCGGCAUCAUGUCCGAUAUUUUCCCCGAAAAUAAGCGCGCACUUGUUAUGGCCAUUUUCAACUGGGGCAUCUAUGGUGGUUAUGGUAUUGCUUUCCCUGUGGGCCGUUAUAUUACCAAAUCGAAUUUCUUCAAUCUCGGCUGGCGUAUGUGUUACCUGGGUACUGGCGUGUUGGCCGUAUUUGUAGCCGCGAUCACCGGCACCACCCUUAAGGAACCGGAGCGAAAAGCUAUUGGCGAAGCCGAUCGCACUAGUGAUGGCAAAAAGAUUGGUUUGUGGAAAGUGAUCAUCAAUCCUGCUAUGAUUAUGUUGAUGAUUGCCGCUUCCAUUCGUCACUCUGGUGGCAUGACCUUUGCCUAUAAUGCUGAUCUCUACUACAAUGCUUACUUCCCUGAUGUGGAUCUUGGCUGGUGGUUGUUCGCCGUUACCAUUGGUAUUGGUAGUGUCGGUGUGGUUGUUGGUGGCGUUGUCUCCGAUAAAAUUGUCGCUAAAAUGGGUAUACGUUCACGUGCUUUAGUAUUGGCCGUUAGUCAGCUGAUCGCUACAUUACCCGCAUUCGGCUCGGUGUACUAUGAUCCGCUAUGGGCUAUGAUUACUUUGGGUUGCAGUUACUUCUUCGCUGAAAUGUGGUUCGGUAUCGUGUUUGCGAUUGUUGUGGAAAUUGUGCCAUUGCAAGUGCGUUCCUCAACCAUUGGCGUGUUCUUAUUCGUAAUGAACAAUGUUGGUGGUAAUUUGCCCAUCCUGUUGGACCCAGUUGCUAAGAUGAUCGGUUUCCGUGAGGCGUUCAUGAUCUUUUAUGCAGGCUUCUAUGGCAUAAGUUCAGUGCUUUUCUUCAUCACCUGUUUCUUAUUGGAAGGCAAACCAAAGGACGUAGAUUCUACCACAACAGCUACCGAACAAAAAAUCGAUGGUCUGGAGGCACACACACGUCAAAUGCGCGGUCAUGACAAUUCUGUGUUCUCAGUGGACGAAGUGCUGCCGCAUAAUGGACGUCCCGCGGUGAUUCCACAGCAUCUGCAGUUGUCGAACAAUGGUCAUGACAAAUAUACGCCCGCCACACGCGAGAGCAGCAGACUGUAA